UCAUCUGUUAAUUCAAUGAACAACUCAAUGCCCAUAAAUCUUAAGUCGGGUACAUCGAAACUUGAAUUCAACAUGUAUACAUCUUUGAUGCAUGCAAUGGCCGUGGGGGAAUUCCAUGGAAGUUUAAAAAAAUCUAGGAUAGGGAGAAGAUACAAAAAAAUACAAGACGAAGUAGUGCGCUCGAUUCUCCUUUCGAAAAUUCACCACCUCAAAGAAAAACCUAUUCCAGAGAAUAUGCUUUCUUCGCUGGACAAGAUAUUUACAAGCCAUUGGAUCGACGAGGAUACUAUCAUUACUGGAGGAAAGGACAACAAGUUGAUAAUCUGGGAUUUGAGCGAGCCUUUAAUAACUUCCAGGGAGAUCAAGCUUCCAUCGGGCAUCUCAGAAAUGCCACUCGAUAACUGCGGUAUUCAUUCGAUCACCGCCAGUCCUAUGAAUAAUUAUUUAGCAACCGGGGCACAAAAUCCAUCGGAACUGGCCAUUUUCUCUAUUCCAGAUAUGAAACCAAGGGCUCUACUGACAGGCCACAAAGACUGGACGUUUGACUGUUGUUGGCUCAGCGAGAAUGACAUCGUAUCUGUAUCUAGGGACAAAGGUCUAUGCAUGUGGAACACCUCGAACAUUUCGGCCGAUUCUCCAUCUCUCUCGAUUUUAACUCCAAGCCAUUCUAUUAAAGCUCAUAGUCGAAAAGUCCGUAAAGUCAAAACUAAUCUUACGAGGUGCAAACUGGCCACUCUGAGCGCCGAUGCAACUAUGAAAAUUUGGGAUGCACCUAGACUUCAUUGUCUGUCAACAUCAUUUCUACCAGAAACUCAAGAACUAGUUUGUCUAGAAUGGAAUUUUGAAACCAACUGCAUUUUGAUCGGCUCUCAAUCAGGCAUUCAAAUGAUAGAUCCGUCGAGCAACAAAUUGGUAUUAAAUCUGAAUUCGAUGGGGAGUGACUGGGGAAUACGUUCACUCUCAUCAAAUCAAAACCGCGUAACAAUAGGAACAGGAAUAGGAAAACUUUACUUUUAUGAUCUCCGAAAAAUGUGCUUUGAAAAAACAAGGGAGCAGCAGCCUACACCACUAUUUCUCCAAGGGACAAAAGCGUAUUUGAAACGAGAUAUGUUUUAUGAAAGAUACUUUUCUGGAUUUGACAUCCCACAAGCCAUAUAUACACACGAAUACAGCCCUUCUGGUACUCGGCUGUUCACGGCAGGCGGACCUCUAAUUUUCGGAUUGACUGGCGCGUAUGCUGCACUAUGGUAGUCAAUAAUUCCAUCGUUUAAAGAUUGUAGUAUAACAAACAAAUUAACCGCUUUGAUAUGAAGACUUUACAUUUUUAUGCGAGGUUUUUCUAAUUUAUCGUUAUAUUUCUGAACCCUUUCCAAAUAGCUAAAUAAGGAUUCUGUCCUCGCAGGAGGAACAAUCUGCGUUUCUUCUAAGAAAGAUCUGAACUGGCUCAACAUUUCAUCGAAUAAAUCCGGGCUUAAAGAGAUGACCGAAUGAAUGGCGUUGUAAUCUACAUCCGGGGGUAAAUUUUUCACUUGUUUAUAUUUUUUUUUCAAUUCGUAACACGUCUUUUCGUUAAGACAAUUCUUCUUGAGACAGAACUCAUAGCCAGCCCAUUCAUAGAUAGACCAAAUAGAAUUUCGAGAGGGCGGUUUGAAUGAAAAUUUUUGCGUUUUCGAAUUGAAUUCGUCCCCAGAAUAAAAUGCAAUAGGAGAACUACAAGGAUUUACAGGUUUCCUCAGUGGCGUUAAGUUCUGGCAAACUGGGCUAUUCU